AUGGCGUACACAAAAGCGCAAUUUAGCCGGCCUCGCGCAUCCAAGGUGCGACUAGUAGAGCCCCCUGCGGAUGAGCGUUGCAAGCACAGCGUUCCACGAUUGGCGAGGUUCGGGCCGCGCGACAUGAGGCCAAUUCACUCAGAAGCGGCCCUCACAGCCGUCUCCCUUCAACAGUCGUGGCUGAGCAUGGCCGUAUCUGUAUAUGGAUUCAAGGUGAUGGAAGCGCCAUUCAUGGCUGGUCCCCAAGGCUUGAGAGCGCUCUGCACGAAAGAGGCUACACAUGCCAACGGAAUCUUUUGCUGGUUCCAUUCCAAGCAAGUCUAUGGUCUCUAUAGGGGAUACAAACGCCGCAAUGCUUCGCUGGAUGCGCUGGAUGACGAGAGCCCUCCCUACCUAAAGAAAGCCAAAGUUACCCUGGCCAACCAGACAUUUGAGGACAUAGAAGACGAAAAUACUCUAAGAGAAGUGCAUUCCAUCUAUUUGAGAUAUAUGUCCUCAUUCCAGCGCCACAACAUUCUUCAAUCUCUAGAGAGAUUGGAAAAGCGUACUGCUGAUCUACUCUAUCGAAAAGAACAAUGGUUCGCUUGGGUACGCAAGGCCCAGGAAGAAGAGGAAGCAACCCGGGAGAAAGAGCAGAGAAAAGUCAAGCAGGAAGCAUCCUUGUUCAAGCGUUACCGAGACAAGUUGCGUGCGAGACUGGAACGAGCUAGGCGAGAGGAAGAAAAAAGAAGCCAAGAUGUGUACCUCGAACAAGCUUACCAGGAGCGCAUAGCUAUGUUAGCGGAUGAGACAGACAAUGACGAAGAUUGGGAUCCCAUUAAAGACAUGAAACUCGAUAAACGGACCCAAUACAUUGACUUGAUCAAACACUUCCUCUGGAUGGAUGCUGAAAGUACCGAUGGCAACGAAGGGGAUGACUCGGUCGACCCAGUGGCCACUUCUACAGAGGCCCUUCCAACGGAAGACAGCCAAGCCCCUUCUAAGAAAGCAAAGAAACGGUCGAAUGCCAAGAGAAGCGCCACGAAACCUGGCAAUUCAGGUGUUUCUGCUGCCGCAAGUAUAGCCGAUAGAGGCCAGAAGAGGCUUAUGGCCAUACAAGAAAGCAAAAAAGCUAGCACAAAUGCUGACCAACACGUGCCGGACAAGAAAAAUAUAGAAACAGAACGUGAGAUGAGAAAGCGUCUCAGCGAGGGGGUUGAAAAGAAGAUGGAGAACAUUUGGGGCUUCCAACUCGUAGGUUCAUUGGAAAAUCCUCACGAGACCCAUACCAGAACGGCACCGAUGACGGAUGAUGAGAUUGAGUCCGCUGUCAAGGAUAUCAGGGAGAUCAAAUUGCUGCUCUUCUGCCGGCUGCUGCUUGCACAGGCUUCCAUGCUACCGGCUGCGCUUCGUUCCAGCAGCGUGGAAGAGUUUCUCAAUGACGCUGAGAUAGUUGACUCGGACUUGCGAGACCUCUGCUUAAAGUUGGAAGAUCCUUCUCUGCAGCAAAUUCGAGAUGCAUGCGCUGAUUUCGCACGUGGAGAUGAUGCGGAAGAAGAUAUUGACAACGCCUCAGACGAAAGUGAGACCGAGGAUGAAGAUGACGAUACCUUUGCUGACUUGAUGUCCGACAAUGACCGAUAUGCACACCUCCAUACCGACAAUUGGCUAGUGGAAAAAUUGUUCCCCAGCGAGCUUAAGCCUCGCAAGGAGAAAGCCGGAUCCUCGUCGCAGAAGACUCGAGUUACUAUUUGUGGCAAGAGUUAUUUCCCUGCUUCAAAUUGGGCAUCCUGGGGCAACAAUAGGCUUAUUCAACAGCUGCAAGAGCUAGAGUUCUUCCCCUACUUCAUCGAUCUCGAUGCUCAGCAACACAGCCGCCAUCUUCAAGUUGGUGGCCGGAGCAAAAUUCGGCGCCAGCAUGAUAUAAUUGAGACGAGAAACAUUAUUGUCGGCCACAUGAAGCGCAGUGAUCCCGUCACUUGGCGUUUUCUGCAGUACAUUACCAUGCGGACUGGAGAGCUAUUGGUCCUUGUAAGAGAUGGCAAAACUGGUCGCGUGAUAACGGCACCUCCUGAGGAGCACCUCUGGACUUAUCGUAGGAAGCAAGGGAUUGGAAGAGCUUCGAAGAACGAAUGGGACAAUGUUCUCGAGGUGGGCCCUGAUUACUAUGAUAUGACCGACUCUCUGAGAGAAUGGCGCUUUGGAUUUCAAGACUAUUAUGACGUUUUUAUCUGGAGCUUUGUGCCGGAUGAACCACCGAUGGAUAUGUAUACCGUUGUGGUAACAGAGCUUCGUACGGCAUGGCGCCUUACACAUCCACGAGAUGUAUAUCUUCACAUGGAACCGCUCUUGCGGACAUUGACCAGAGAGAAAGAUACAAUGCGCACUCGCAAAAUAAAGGCAGGUGAAGAUGUUGAAAGUAUCUGGGACACUGUGACAAGCGACCAGGUCGAAUUCAGAGCUUUUAAUAUCCAGGAAGGGAAUAUUACUUCUCGAGCCACUCGCGAGCUGGGUUCUUCCCCGUACUUGUUCUACAACAAAGCCAAUGUUGUUGAAGAUGAAGUUCUAUUUCCAGAUGAGGCGGCUUCUAACAAGAAGAGAGUACAUUUCCGAGAGAUUAGAAAUGGUGUUAGUCGCAUUGAGACUCCAAAUUUACCUAGCCGCAUCCGACAGCUCGAAAGAAGCCUGGCGUUGGCUCGUGAGGGUAAAGAUCAUGCCGCCGCCUUUGAAGAAACGUUGGACAGUGAUGAAGGUAGCAUUUGGGCCCUUCCUAGGAUAUGGCAGACUGGCUUCGGACAGCUCCGCCAGGGCACUCUUUCAGUGCAACAGCGCAAGCUUCUCAAUCACACUGGCCUCGACACGAUCAACCAGAGUCAGCUGUUAGCUGAUAGAUCGGAAGAUGCAGACUUUAUGGAGAUUAUGGAACGUGACAGGUCAUUUGGAUUUAAAGAGUCGUUUCACCAGGGAGAUCUUGAACCAGGCAGUAGCGAGAAAUAUUUCCAAGUUCAAGAUAAAAUUGGCGCUCUGCUCAAAACUACCCACACUGGAGCGACUGACUGGGUUUUAUUCCUUGUCGAAAUCCUUGACUGGCUUCAGAUUCGAGCAGACUACGACGAUUAUGCUGAUGAUCCAGCUGCUCCAUGGCCUCAUCCUUUUGUUGUUCAGGAUUUAGUCCAAGCCUUCUUGAUGGUGGCCAUGUUUUUCCCAGAAUCAACUGUAACGGACAAAGUAACAGCAUUCUUGGAAUCCGGCGAAUGCGAAAGCUUCAAAAAGUCUCUCUUGUUUAGACCACAAGAACGUAGUCAAUCUCUGCCUGAUAGAAAGAGCCGGACAAGCUACAAGUUUCGCGAUAAGAAGUUUUGGGAUGAAUGGAACAAAGCUGCGAAAGGUCCAGGACACUAUACGGAAACCUUUCCUCUCGAAUGGAGCAUUGCCAUCCGCCCGACUAUAGCCAAACUGUACCGGGCAGGAAUUAUCGCCCCAGCCUACCACCAGAACGAUCCGCAAAUUGUCCCCGGAGUGGCAGUGGCAAUGACAGAACCUCAUCGUCCAGACACAUUAGAUCUUUUCAUCUGUUACGAGGACCGAUAUAAUAACUUUCCAACGUUGUUUCCACCCUUCUUCUCCGGUCCGGAGAAAUGGACAAAGCUGUUGCCUCAUGCUCAGGCGUUUGCAAGCAAGCAUCAAGGUGCGCGCUUCGCUCUCCUUCGGCUCUGGUCGGCACCACACUUUUAUCCCCUCAUGGUCGGAUUACAGAACCGGCAGGGCAACAGCUUCCUUGACAGCGUCGGCCGUCCCUGGGAGUGGAAGUUUGUGCCUAAAGAUAUGCCUGGUAGCGAGUUCAGCAUACACCAUACCAUAAGCAAGAGGCUAGAACUGUUGGAAGAGCAGUUUGAAGACCGUGUGUUUACUAGAGGUGACUUAAUCCUCGUUAUGGGAGAGGAUGCAACGGAUUUAUUGAAAUACUGUGUGGCCGUGACAUUCGCUGUACAGACGAAGCCAUGGCUGAGAGAAGUUGAUCUGUGGAAGAGCUUUAUUAAUGUCGAGCUAGGUUUUCUGCAGCAGUUGGAUCCUUUUUGGCUAGAUUAA